AUGCCCGAGGAGGGCGGCGAACUUCCCCCUGGCGGCCCUGACUUCUCUACGCCCUUGCCGGAGCGAGCCAAGAACCCAAGAGACAUCCUCCAUGACGGCGAGCGAGGCUUCAUUGUAGACCUGAAACUCAACUUGCAGGUGGACAUUCAUAUCAAAGCGAAGCUUAUGGGUGAUUUGACAUUAUCAGUUUUGUAA